GCGGCUAUGCAACAGGUACCUGAGAAAUAGUCCUCUUUGCAUUUUAGAAGCAAAACUACCAAGGUGGAUUUAUAUUUUGCAGAGACUAAUUUCUAAAACAGUUUUACAACAACAGAUUUACAAAAUAUUGCUUUUUUUGAAGACAUCCAUUGUGAACGCGUUAAGUACUCCUUUUCUCAACCAGGUGGACAGUAAUUUUCUCUUUGUUCCAAACAAUUUGUUGGCUUUUUACAGGUUUUACAAGGUCAGUGACUUUCCUAAAACUCCGUUUGAUUCAAGGAGUUCAUAAUGGCCAACUCGGGACUCCAGAUUUUGGGGUUUGCCCUGUCACUACUGGGUUUGAUCGGGUUAGUCGUAGGCACAAUCCUGCCCCAGUGGAAGAUGUCCGCCUAUGUCGGGGACAACAUCAUCACAGCGGUGUCUAUGUACCAGGGAUUAUGGAUGUCUUGUGCAUUCCAGAGCACAGGCCAGAUGCAAUGCAAAGUCUACGACUCAAUUCUGCAACUUGACAGCGCCCUGCAGGCAACGCGUGCCCUGAUGAUCGUGGGCAUCAUUGUGACCGUGGCUGGAUUGGGUGUGGCAACCAUGGGAAUGAAGUGCACCAACUGUGGAGGAGAUGACAAAACCAAGAAGUCUCGCAUCACCAUGACUGGAGGCAUCGUCCUGCUAAUUGGAUCUCUGUGUGCAACUAUCGCCUGCUCGUGGUUUGCUAACAACAUCAUCAAGGAGUUCUACAACCCAUUCGCCCCUGUCAACUCCAAGUAUGAGUUUGGUUUAGCUAUCUUCAUUGCCUGGGCUGGAGCCUUCCUGGACAUAAUUGGUGGUGCCAUGCUCGCAGCAUCCUGCCCCAAGGGCAAACCUACACCCAAAUACCCCAUCGCCUCCAACCGCCCCCCUAGCAGCACCAAGGAAUUUGUCUGAGCAGGAGCCAGCCCUGCUGUCUGGAGGCACAAGGAAAAACCUUGGCAUGUACAUUGCAUCGGUCCAACUCAAGAUAUUAUUUGGGCUCUGCCAAGUCCACCUAGAUAGCAUUCUGUUUUUUAACUAUGUAUGUUUUGAAUUUUAUCCACGGUGUACCCUCAGUUACUGAUAUUGUAAGGAUGUAAUUUUAAGAGAUUUGGUUUUUAUGUUACGUUUUCAAGGACUACUCAUAAUGUUUACUUCUGUCUAAGGGAGCGCAGAGGGUGAGUGUCGGCCUCCGGGAGAACAUUUCAUAUCCCCUUCUCUCACACCAUCACUCCACUUUUCCCAUGUCUAUUACUGUAGUCUACAUGGACAGGCCAGAUGAUUGGAAUGAUUUGGGAUUGCAUUACAACAGCCAAUCCUCCCACAACAUAUUUUAGGAGCCAGGUGGACAUCCAUUGUCUGACUUUUAAAUGUUUAUGCUAGAUAUUUUUUAUUCAAUGCAUAAGACAACACAUCAUAUGAAGCUAUCAGUCAAUACCUUUUUUUGAAGGUCUGGGACUGAGUCCUUCAUAUCUUUAAAAGAUUGCCAGACUAUAUUUACAGUAAUUGCCAUUAUCAGUGGUAAAGGAAAUCAGUGUGAUGCGUUUGGUGAAACAUUUGACUCUCCAUAUUCUCCCUUUUGUCAAGUGUUUUUUUGUUGUUGCUAGUAGCCUACAGUAUGUGUGCUUCAAAGAGACGGUAGAUUUCAAAUACUUUCUGCCACAUUCAGAAUAAUUAACUUUUUAAAUAAAUAAUUAUUUGUUAUUUUUGA